AUGUCACGAGCCGAAUUGCCUCAUACUGUAUCGCAUCAUCAUCUGAUCGAUUUGGACUUGGGCAUCGACACGACGGAAGGUUCUGAUGCGGUUAUUGUGGGGGACGAAUUACAAGGUGCCCUACACUUGACUUGCAAAUCCGCCAAUCUUCUCUUGGGAAACAUGGAAGUGGAACUCGUGGUCCAGGCUGAAGCCAAGACAACAUCCGAUAGCUUGCAUGAGGUGCUAUACGACCGCUCGAUAGCUUUCCAAGGUGCUGGUCUCCCGGCGUCCAGUGCUGUCUAUCCAGAUACAGACGACGAGCAUCCUGGUUAUUACCGAGCAAGACGGGGAACGACGCGUUUUCGCUUAUCCAUCCCGAUACCUGGGUACCUCCCCUCCAGCCACACCUCACCGUUCGCAUCCAUCUCUUACACGCUCCAUGCUACCGUCGAAUUCCAGUAUGAAGGCAUGACGCAAAUCUUGCACACCUUCAGGACGUUUGACGUGGUCCAAUCGUCUAGCGCGUUCGACAUGGACUUGACUGGCAGUGUGAAGGCUGAAGAUGGGGCUCGACUCCCUCAGAUAGAGGGCGGAGGCAGUUUGAUCUUAAGUGCUGAGCAUGGUCGAGCGAGAGGAUGGGUAUCGAGUGCGGAUCCGAAUAUGGUCGUCAUUAUAGACAUCAGAAAUUCGACAGCCUUUUGGACACUCGCACCAGUCCUACGUCUGAUGAAGCGCACAACUAUCCAUUUUCCACAUGAGCCUUUCGAGGUAUCAGAGAUCGUCUGUCAAGAGCAAUAUGACGAUCGCUAUGCCGUCCCUGCACGAGCAGCAUCGUCUUUCACCCUCAACCUGUCUUUGCCUCCGGGGUCGAGAUCGACCCACUCGACAGUCUUCGACGUCCAGUACAGUCUUUCCAUACUGGUCCACCUCGUAGGCACACCGUCAGGCAAGCAAAGAGUCGUUUCGAACCUGCCACUGGAGAUUCUCGACCCUGCUUCCGUUCCACCUCAAAUCUGGCUCGAUGCGGAAUCGCUAUCGACGGAGCGUGGUCAAUCCUCUCAACGCGAAGGUACCCGUCGUGAACCUCGAGCGUUCGGUAGAAGAUGGUCUAUGCCUGCUGGGACGUUCGAAUCUCUUUCAGCUCUCCUCUCGCCGUUGUCACUCGGGCAGUCGAGCAAGACGGCGUCCCCGAAGCAUGGUCAAUCAAUAAUGGGUACACACGAUUUCGAUCCGGUUGCGAAUGGUCUCACAUCCUCUGGUGUAGAUGGCUAUCCUCAACCGGAGUUCGUGGUCCAUCAGCAGCCCGAGCUUAAGACAUUGCCGCGGUCACGGCAGCAACCACUCCCGCCGAUUCUGGAAGAUUUGCCAGAAACCAAGGCCAAGCAAACUUCAAGACAUUUGCGAGAGACACCAGGAAACAGAGGGAGGAGCGUCAGUCCGCCAUUGAUGCCAUCGUCCCGCAGCGGGACAGUUCUCCCUGAUGCUGUGUCCGCUGUUUCUGAACCGAGCUACCGAGUGGAUGAGCGAUUCGCUCAUAUCCAUCGACCCAAGCUGCACGAUCAACGUCAUAGUUUCCCAUUCUUUCCAAGCGCAGUAUUCCCCACUUCACCGAGAGGCCCUCGACCUGUUCCAAGACGGGUCAGUACUUCUGGCAUGCAGCUUCGAUCAGUAUCGAGUAGCUCCAGUACCACUCAAUCGUCCGUCCCUUCGACGACCUGUACCAUUACGGAAUCAUACACAGAAGACACAUCGGUCCCAUGCACGUCGUAUUCCAGGUCGACGAUUGCGUCCCCGAGGCCUGUCAAGAUAGGAGGUGAUCUAUCGCCAGUCGUAAAGGACAUGCCGGCGUCCCUCGAGCUGCAAUCUGUUAGUCCGGCUGCCAAUUCAAAGGAUGUUAUAAAUUCUCCUUUGCAUGCUGUUCCGUCAUCCGUACAGCAUUCACGACGAUCCGUGUUCGAUCUGUUCGAAUCCAUUUCAUCUGUCCCCUCGCCUAUAUCCAAUCUCUCUCGAUUUGUCAAUAUCGGUCCGAAUGGCUCUGCAAGAGGAGGUCGAGGAGGUCAAGUGACAACCCUUAGAGAACUGUUCACCGGGUCCACUGGAAGUCAGGGGCUGCAAGGAGUCGGAUCGCCCGAUAGGCCGAGCGGUGAGAUCCGACCUAUCGUUUCAAAGAGAUACAGCCUUCCUGCUGGUCUGGAAGGUUUUCAAGGAGAUGCUGCUUUGUAUGUUGGCACAGGGCAUCACCGGUCGGUCGCGAGUGUUGUCGAUGGAUUCCGGGGUGAUCAAAGAAUGAGGACCUCUCAAGACAGAUCGAUCAGUCGCCAGUGA